AUGCCUCACAAGCACAAAAGACGUGAGAGGGAUGACUCCCACUUCGACCUCCCGCCAUCGGUGAUCGCAAAAGCACUACCGGCCCGCGAACAGCAAUCCAAGCCUAAGCCCGGGCCUGGAAAGAAGCCACAGCCACAGCAGGAGACCAAAGGAAAGCCUCCCAAGGGCCCUGCGACUUCCCGACGCAAGAAUGCUUCCGAUAACGACACCCCCAAGGCGUUCCAGCGGUUGAUGCAAUACACUGCCACGGGGAAGCGCCCAUCGGGACUGGAGACCGGAGAGAAGAAGAAGCAAGACAACAAAAAGCGGAAGCGAGAAGCCGCAGAUACCCCAGACGAUUCGUCAAAGAAGCCCGCGCAGGCUAAGCCUCAAAAGACCGAACCCACCGAGGACAAGGAAGCCAAGAAAGCGAUGCCCAAGAUUAUGCCUGGAGAGAGGCUGGCAGAUUUUGCUGCGCGUGUCGACCGUGAACUCCCGCUCUCUGCGAUGACAAAGUCUAAUAACUCGGGUGCGCCCAAGGUCCGCGACCAUAAGAUGACCAAGCACGAGAAGCAUCUGCGACGACUACAAGCGGGCUGGCGUGAGGAGGAUGCCAAGAUCAAGGAGCGGGAGCAGGCUGAGCGCGAGGAGCGUGAAGCCGAGAUGGAAGAGCAGCUUGAGAUUCUGAAGGAGUGGGAGGCCGAGGCUCGGGGCGGCAAAGCUAAGAAGAAGGUCCUCAAGAAGAAAAAGAAGGCCAAUGGUGCCGAGGACAGUGGUGAUGAUGACCCGGACCCGUGGGCGAAGCUGAAGAAGCGGGAUAAGGAGAGACAGGCCAAUCCGUUUGAAGUCGCGCCGGCGCCACCGCAAUUGACGAAGCCGAGGGAGAUCUUCAAGGUUCGCGGUGGUGCGAGAGUCGAUGUUGCCAAUGUGCCGAACGCCGUGGGUAGUCUGAGACGUCGGGAGGAAUUGGCCAGCGAGAGAAAGAACAUUGUGGAGGAGUAUCGGCGACUGAUGGCCGAGAGGCGGCAGUAA